AUGUCCGAGACCGCACCGCCCGUCCCAGCUGCUUCCACUCCCCCCGAGAAGCCUUCAGCUGGCAGGAAAGCGAAGAAGCCUGCGAAGGCUGCAGCAACUGCCAAGAAGAAACCCGCGGGUCCGUCAGUCUCGGAGCUGAUUGUGCAGGCCGUUUCUUCUUCUAAGGAGCGCAGCGGCGUGUCCUUGGCUGCGCUCAAGAAGGCGCUGGCGGCCGCCGGCUACGACGUGGAGAAGAACAACAGCCGCAUCAAGCUAGGCCUUAGGAGCCUGGUGAGCAAAGGCACUCUGGUGCAGACCAAGGGCACCGGCGCCUCGGGCUCUUUCAAGUUCAACAGGAAAGUAGCCUCGGUGGAUAGCAAGCCCAGCGCCACAAAGGUAGCAGUGAAAGCGAAGGUAACAAGUUCUUCUAAGAAGCCCAAGAAGGCCACCGGGGCGGCUGCUGGUAAAAAAGGUGUCAAGACUCCGAAGAAGGCUAAAAAGUCUGCGGCAACAAAGAAGUCCUCCAAGAGUCCCAAGAAGUCCAGGGUUGUGAAGCCUAAGAAAAUAGGAGUCUAUCGUUUUGAUGUUCUGACCACAGAAUUAUAUCAGCUCUAACAUCCACGUAAGAGGAGACAGACUUGAAAUCAAUCUCACUGAUUGUCUGAGAGAUCUUCUGAGACCAGUAGGAUGUCCAGAGAACUAAAACAGGAACUGAGGAGUGGCAUCAAGAUUGAAAAAAGGAAAACAACCAGUCCCA